AUGGCGAGAGAAGAUGAUUACCCCCUUCGCGGAAGUGAAUCUUUCGCGACAAAUUACCGACAUCUCCAAGAAUUACACGGACUCUCAGCAUUCCAGCAAGUGGUCACAAAAGUACCGCCGUCUUACGACGGGCGAGGAAAUUGGUUUGCCUAUGAAGAUGCGAUCGAUGACUGGUGUGACAUCACUGAGUUGGACAAUGACGAGAGAGGACCAGCGUUACGAAACCGUCUGGAAGGUGAAGCUGCGCUUCACAAGAGGCUUCUUGACAGAGAUCGCCUGAAGGAUCCAGACAACAGAGUGAAGUACUUAAAGAGCUUCCUGCGGCCGCUCUUUGUCAAGGGUGCAGCCACUGUGUUCCUCUACCGCUUCCAGCAGUUCAUGAACUUGCAUACGGAACCCAACAAUGCCGAGGUCCGAGCAUACGUGCAAGGACUGGACCUCACCAACGAGCAGGCGAUGGACAGAGCCAAUGAUGAAGAGGAUGGCACAGAAGGCUUCCUCGAGGCAGAUGAUGACUCCGUCUGGGUCUACGACCAGGAGAACUACACAUGUUCCAGAGGCGUUUCCAAGGAAGGAAGAUGCAGCGAGGAUUCGAGGGCCGCCGCAAAGGAAAAGGAAAAGGUGGCAAAGGAUCCGGAGGAAG